UUUUAUUUUGGUACCGGGGCUUUUAUUUAACAAACGGAAGCGUAUAGACGUUUUCCGUUCCAUACACCAUACCAAGCUAGCGUAAAACAGUGACCUUCUCGGAGUGGUCCAGUGCAGUAACAUUCUAAAAAUGGCAGGUGGUGCAUUCGCUGGCUGGUGGACAAAGGUGGCCCCUUACUACACCAGGGCAUACCAGGAGAUGUGGGUUGGUGUAGGAAUCAUGUCAAUAAUGUACUACAAACUUUCUUUUGGAGGAAAGAAGAAAGCAGUGCAGUCAAAGCCUGCCCAUUGAUUGGACCACUGGGCGGUACUGUCUUUCCCCACAUUCUCUAUGUAAAUCUUCCCCAGAAGAACUUCAGCUGGAUAUCUGUAUUUUGUUUUAUGUGAAGAAUAAAAUGCUUAAUUUGGA